AAAUUAUAAAUUUACAAAAAAAGCAAAAUUUUCCAAAUCAAAAAUGAUAAAAAUAAUGUAACAAGGCAAUUUGAUAAUAAUUUAACAUCAACAUGUUUAAAAUAGAGUCAUAUAUAACGCCCAUCAUUCUCAACUACUUGGCAAAAUAUGUGAAAAAUAUACGACCGCAAGAUUUCCAAGUGUGCCUGUGGGAGGGCGAGGUGACCUUUCAAAAUCUGGACUUGCGUCUAGAUGUGUUGGAACAAGAAUUGAAUUUACCCUUUGAAUUUCUAUCGGGGCAUAUACAUGAGCUGGUUAUACAAGUGCCAUGGACCAAGAUUACCUCCGAGCCGAUUAAAGUUCUGAUCAAUACCAUUGAAUUUGUAUUGAAGGGAAAAUCUGAUGACAGCGGUACUUGCAAAUCUUCGGCAAGUAACUCUCCCCAACAUGCUCCCAUGGUAGAUGGUGGCAAAACGUCACGCAAAGAGGAUGAAACAUCAAGCAUGGGCUCUGGUUUGGCCAUGAAAAUAGUCAAUAACAUUAAUGUACAGUGUCAGAACAUAAUAUUGAAAUAUGUUGAGGAGGACAUUGUGGUAUCGAUGAACGUCCAAUACCUAAGCUAUUGUCCAGCCAAUGAGGUGUGGCAGCCUGCCAUGGUUGAUAUUAAUCCUCACAAAGUUCUUAUGCGAAAACUAAUAAACAUUUCGGAUUUGACGAUAUGUUUGGAUAAGCGAAAUUCAGCUGGACAAAUAGAUGUUUGUCAGGAGCCCGUAUUGUAUAGAUGCACGCUGGAAAUACGUUUUCUACGAAAAUACAACAGCAAUACCAUGACAAGCAGUAGUAUCACACGAAUUGGUAUUUUCACUCAGGCUCUCGAUCUAAAUCUAUCUUCAAUACAAAUCCCAAUGCUCAUGCGUCUCAUAAAAUUCCUUACAUCCCUAUCUCCGGAUAGCGACGAUGAUGAUGUGUAUUCAGCACAUAAAGAACGAAAUGUCGAUAGCGCUGCUAGCACUGAAGGAUCAUCGUAUUUAUCAUGGGCUUGGAAUCUUUUACCCAGUUUUUCUUUGGAGGAGGCCGACGAAAUAGAUGCCAGCCACGAUGACACUGUGGGCCAUACCAAAGAUGUGGGCUUGUAUAUAGAAGAGUUGAAUUUUACACUGAAAAACUCUGAGUUCAUCAAUGAUGCCAUUAUGGGUGGCAUUAAACGUAUACGUUAUACUCCAAUUGUAAGGUUUACCUUUGGUGGUUUAUAUUUUGAGAGAGUGGCUGUUAAAGAAAUUGAUUGGAUCAGCACAAAGGCAGGUUUGUCAUCGAUAUAUGUUGAACCUUUGGGUCAAUAUCGCACUGAGGAUAACCAAGAAUCUUUGGCUUUGAUAGAAACUGCACCGUACACGAACAUGCGCUCGUUCAUCGACAAGUCCCUGUUUGAUGAGCAAUGUAUAAUUGCCGAUCGUGGCUGGGGUGUAACAAAUUAUGAAGAUUAUAUUACCCGCAUUACCGACGAUUAUCUCAUAUAUCGCAGUCCCAUUUUGGCCUUCGAUGUCAUAACAUAUCGUUCUUCCAGUGAAAGUAAAGAUGGUGCCGGCACCAGUAACAAUUUGAGCAACAACGCAGCCUUGGGUGGCAACAAUAGAUGUGUGGACUUUCACAAACAAUAUCGUCUACUUUCGGCAGGCAUUACAUUUCGUUUGAAUGAAACAUUUAUGCAGGUUAAAACUAUUAUUAAACGCUUCAUUGAUUCAUACGAUUCAUUGGCAUAUUCAUCAAAUGUAGAAAAAAGCGAAGCACACGAUACAGGUGCAGCGAUUAAGCAAAAGUCGCUAACAUAUCAACCGGAUCAUUCAAACAAACCCAAUGAGACAGCUCAACAGCAUGCUUCGGUGGAAAAUGCAAGCCUUGGUGGAAGAAGUUUAACUGCUCCAACAUCGGAUGGUUCGCCUAAAUUGCAUCCCCCUUUGGUUGAAGACUACGAUGCCCUAAUGCAGGGCAUACCUUUGUGCAAAUACAAAUUCGAUUUGAAACAAAUCCAAGUGGAAGUGUAUGGCAAAACUGAAGCUAAUGCCAACGCACUACGUAUACACAAGAGAUUACCGAUGAGCAUCAAGAACUCGCUGCCAUACCUUUUGUUGUAUUUCGAACAGGUUGAGGGUAAUUUGUCCACACCCAUAAAUCCGGAUAAACUAGUCCAUACUACCUGUCAGUUGCCGGACAAACCACAAGAACUUUUAAAUGCCUGCUAUGAUAAUUACGAAUUGAGCGUUAAGGAGUUUUCUUUGGCCUUGGUUUCCUUCUCCAAGGAUACUCUUAUACGUUUGGCAACCAUACCCAAGCUACAGCUAAGCUAUGGCACCCUGUUGCAAUCUCAUCAUUGGAAGUCGGAUGAGGUGCCAAUCAAAAAAUUGGAUGUUCAAUGUGAUAAUAUCAAAAUGGAAUUCUCUAAAAGGGAGCUAUGGACACUUCUCUAUCUAUAUCAGGCAUUGUGGUCAUAUCAACCGCAAGCUCUUAUAAAAGUUGUUGGUAUUUUAAAUCAUCCUUUCGAGUUGGCCGAUUCAAUUGCUUUAAGCUGCUUAUUUAGUAAAUGGCAAGUAAAACGUCGUCAUUAUCAUACCUUUGAUGUUUGGAAUACAACACUGACGGCUUUGAGUGCCGAUGUAUUGCUGGAUCGUAAUUCCAUACAAUUUCAACGAUGUAAUGUUCUAAAUACAACCGCGAGAAUGCAUAACAGCCAAAAUAAAUGGUUGGAAAUGCAGUUGCAAUUUCCAUGUGUUGUCCAAGAAUCAGCAGUCCAUCAUCAGAAAUCAUUAUCAUCGAAAAAGGAAGAGCAUAUUUACAUGGCCCUGGGUAUAUGGAUGGAACGUUUUAAUUUGAUUGGUGAUAAAAACCUUUUAGAAUUUUUAACAUUUACCUGUAAAGACAGCAGAUUUGUUAGAGAAUAUUCAGUUGAAAGUGAGACACAACAUCAAAUACUACAAAAUCCACCACCAAAUACAGCUAGUCACCACACGAGCUCAGCUCCCUCAACGUCUGCAUUUCAAAACAAUCCAGCUAUGCCACAAGUAUUUGCAAGAAAAUCAUCACGCAAUUCAAAUUCACAAAGAAAAAUAUCCCAUCCGGAAGAGACCAUCCAUUACAGCUCAGAAAAAGAUGAACGCUUGGAAUACACCACCACCGAUCCAUUGAUGACCGAAGAGCCGCUGAACAUGACAAUAGAGACAAAAGAAAAUAAUGAGGACAAAAUUAAAACGUAUUUUAAACAAUUCAACACCAUUAUCAUAUACAUGGAAAUUGCACAAAGCCAAAUGGAUUUAACCAUGCAUAAGUAUGCAUCCAAUGAGAAUAUUUUGUACACACGUUUCACUUUGCCUCGCAUACUCUUGAAGUCCACUUUUGCCGAGUAUAUAACACGUUCCAGUUUACGUUUAAAAGUCAAUCCUCCAUUGACUACGAAAACUACAUUUAAUUGGACCAUACAAUUUCUGGAUCUUGCCAUAGAGACCAUUGUUGAUGGUCAGGCUAUGGUUGUUCUGCAGCCUUGGCAGACAACUGUCACAGUGGCCAUGAACAAACGCAAACAAAAUACCACUAUUCACACUGAUAUCUCACAAUUUAAUGCGACCAGCUUUAAGCCACAAUCAACCACGCCUAAAGUUGUAAAGCAGAAAUUAAAACAUGCCCUGCCAGAACAUUCACUGAAAUCGCAGGAAAAUUCCUCGGUAUCAUCGGGUUCUCUAAAGGAAAUAUUUUCGGGUAGCGAACAUUAUAAGGAUUCUUCCUCAGCCACACCAUCAUCACCCAAACCCAGCGCCAAAUCAAAACCUAAUGCAGCAGAACAGCAACAGCAGUCAGCCACUGCAGAUAAGGCUCAAGAGCUGGUGUGCUUAAAUCUUCAUUUAGACUCCUCUACUAUUUAUGUAUAUGGUGAUAAUAUAAAAACACUGCAAGAUCAUUUUCAACACUUGAUGAAGUUGGUGGAAUUGGCAUCGACCAUAACAACAGCCAAACGAGAUGUUAGAGCAGCUCGAGACUCGCCCAAGGUUAAGAUUUUAACCUUAUCAGAAGAUCAUCAACACAUAAAGGAGUUUAUGGAUUUGGAUUCCAACUCUGAUAUAUCAGCAACCAAACCAGGAACAGAAAAUAAAUCGCUUCUAAAUAAAAUAUCUCUUUUCUGCCAAUGGACUAUAGCCAAAGUGAUUGCCGAGGUUAGCAACCUACCAGAACAUGUACAUCGAAGUAAAAUUGUUGUGGAACUAGAGGAUUUCCUAUGUACCGUGGACCAAGGGCAUGAUUUUACCAAAUAUACCAGUAAAAUCGGAAAUUUCAAUUUAAAUUUUUACAAUCAGAGAUCGCCCAACAACGACGAAUGGCUGGCGCAAGAAAAUUUGCGCAUUCGCAUGAUAGCCGAAACUACUGACUUGCCUUUUCUAAAUGUGAUCCUUACAAAAGUGUCACUGAGAGAUUUUUACAAACGCAUUGGAGUGAAGCGAAAAGGCGAAGUUGAUCGACAAAUAAGUGAGAUUUUAAUUGUUAUGCAGGCUAUGGAAAUUAUAGUCGAUUUUGAUUGUUUGCAAGAAUUUGUGAAACCCCUAUGUGAUUUGAUGGGCCGUUAUGAUGAGGAACAACAAACAAAUAGGAGGGAGUCUAUUGUAAUGGCUUCAGACUUGCCCCUUAUGCAUUUUGAGAGCAAGGGCAUAACAUGUUAUUUCCCCUCGGCCAACGCUUCGCAACAAUGCUCAGUGCUGAUAUGUAAAAUUGAUGGCAUGAAUGUUACGCCAAAUUUACAGAAUCCUUUGCAACGCAAACCCCUCAGGCCAGAUGUUUAUGGCAAGGCUGCCUCCAUGGGCAUACUGACUAUACCUGGUUCAAUGGUUGAAGAUCGCCAGUAUGAGCUGACCAUGAGAAAGUUAUCCGCAGCCUCAGGUAAUUGGCAGGAGAUUUUAACACAUAUGCGCAAUAAAGAUCACAAUUUCCAUACCAAUCCUGCGGUGGAAUGGAAUAAUCCAGAACGCAAACAAUCCCUGAGAUUGGCAGAGAUAUUCAAGAACUUCACUCUUAUCUCGAUAUAUGCACCAAAUAUAGUCUACAACAGCAUUUUGAUAUGCGGCGAGGCGUAUGAAUUUAAUUGUUCCUCCGAUUUUGUGGCCAAUAUCAAUACAGAACAAUUGCAUAUGUUUGGAUGUCAUUUGCGAAAGUUGCAACAAAUUUCAGGAAUUGUGCAUAGCACAACACAUCGGAAAGUUAGUCUUUCAUAUUCAGCGGGAAAAUCUCCAACGGAAGCUAUGUCAUAUAUAUCGCCACUUGUGAAUUCGUACGCUUUACAAAUGCGACCCUCAAAGUCACUAAGCAGCAGCAUGGCUAAAGGUGUAGCAGUAAAUGCCAUGGAAAAUCGUCGCUUUAGCCGUUUGGGUUCCGCCUCACAAUUUGAGUCCAUCGAUGAAGACGCCGAACCCUUGACCAAGACCGACUCUGGAGUACAGUCCAUAGGAUCUAAGCCAUCCAUAAGCAAUACACUGACAGCCAAAGAUACCUUAUUUUCCUUGAAUAGUACAUCUAUGUUCUUGGAGAAAAUUAGUCAUGCCCAGCAUGCAACGACAUUGCCAACGGCUAGCGUCAAAAGAAAUUUGCCAAAAUCUAUAUCCUUAUUGGCUGGAGUAUUUGUAUUUCGAAUAUUUGAAUCCCUUCCUCGAGAGGAUAUAAACGAGGAUCAGGAUUGCAAUGGCAAACCUUUGAUUUCAUGCACCAUAUCUCAGCCCAGUUUUAUGAUAACACAAAACAUAUACGAUUCAGUGGUGAACUUUUCCAUCUUUAAUUUUAGCAUAUUUUUGCCCACAAUAAGAAGAAAUUUUCCAAAUUUCCCAGAGGCACCAGUUAAUGUGUUCUCAGAGCCCAUAGUUGAUACACUGCCGGGAGAACUGAGUUCCACUGGUAUACCGCCGGCAUUUCUCACCUAUAAAGCCCACCAAACCAAAUUGAAAAUGCGGGAAAUUGAAAUAGAUCUCUCCAAACCUUUGGUCAUAACCCUCAGCAUUGAUUAUGUUGAAGAAAUUUGCAAAAAUUUAAUGAUUAUCUAUAAUUCCAUAUGCUCCACCACACUGGCCAACUGCUUGUCUCUGGAACCUGUUAGUCGCAAAUCCAAAGUUAUGCUUAUGAAGGAAAACACCUUAAAUGCCGAUCGUCUCAAUGUUAAAUGCCACAAUAUUGCGUUGAAGCUAACCAACCACCAGAACUACGAGUGCGAUUUGGUCUUUAAUGAUCUGAAAAUAAAUGUCAAAUAUUUGACCCGUCCAGAAAAGUGUUCAGUCAAAUAUGCAUUGGCCGCCUCUUACUUACGCACAAAUAGAAAUAUUUUUAUUCACCCCAUCGCUUUGAAGGGUUCCCUAGAUUUUGUGAGUGAACCUUGGAAUCGUUUACCCUUGAUAAAUGUCAUAUGUAAAUUUAAUGUUAUACAAAUCGAUGUGGCCACAUUUAUGCUGAAACAAUUGCAAGAAGCCUCCAAUGAUUUGUCAAAAGUAGCUGCACAUGCACAAGCCCAAUGGCGUAAGUUUCAAGCCUUACACUUGCAUGGAAAUGAUGAGAGCGAUUUGAAUCGCAGAACUCUGAGGCAAUUGAGGUGUCCCUCAGUCACCUCGUUUAUUCAGAAUAAUAAAAGCUUGAAGCGAGAGGAGUUUUAUCAAGAUGACUUAAGAGCUGGAGCUUUUCAAUUUGUGGAACUUAUGUCGGAUGCAGUGCUGCCUUUACCCUACCAGAUACAAAUUAUCAAAAAAGAUUAUGGCAUAAUCUGUUGGCGUUAUCCGCAGCCUAGAAAAAUGUGUAGAAUUCACAUCUAUCCAGUGCCCAUGGCGAUUUCCAAUCCCAUACACAUCAAAUGUCGCAUGGAAUAUUUUAGCGAGGUGCAUGAAGAAUUCCUUCACUACUGUGAUUUUUGGCUAUCCGAAACAAAUUCCAAGGAAAUUAAAUUGCCCGAACGCGAAAUAUGUGCUACCAUAUGGCGAGUGGUUAUUUUACAGUCUUUGGUCUCCAUAGAUGGUGAAUGUUUUGAUACCAGUGAAGAAGAUGAAGAGCUACAAUCGAUUAUGAACAUCGAAGAAGUAUUAGGCAAAGGCCGUAAGGAUUCCGAUUUUAUGUUACAUCCAAGAGUAUUAGUAGCCUGCAUGAAGGUGGACACCACAUUCCAAUCCAAAUCGGUACCAAAAGCCCAGUUGCUACUUAGCUGCAAUUCGAUAUAUGUGAAACUUUUAAAUCAAUCCGAAGAAGGCGAUGAGUUGCCAUCAAUGCUUAAGCAUUUCCAUCUGGCCAAGACCACAAAAAUCCCACAUGUAUUUUUCAUAUUAACCAUACAAAAUAUAAAGCUGCAUGCCGUAUUCUACAGUUGGCUUAACUACAAUGUUAACUCAUCGCUGACGACUCACAUGAAAUAUUUGGAUUAUGGAUUUCUCAACAUGCUGCCCCUGUUGGAGGAGACAUCGAUGCAAACAUAUUUCGCUGUGGACCAGAAGAAGAAUGUGGUCAAUGUCAAUUUAGUUUGUGAUCGUUUGCGUUUUAAUGUGGGACCCUCAGCCCUACACAGUUUGCUGGCUUCGAAACAGCAUUGGGAAGAAUGCCUGGCUCGGGAUGAGCAGCAGCAGCAGCUUCGACAUGCUUUAAUACCCAAAUGCGUUAUAGUUAAUCGCACAAUGACAGUCAUGGACUUUGGACAAACGGGAACACAUGAACAUAUACCUUUAAAUCCCAAAGAAUGCUAUUUGUAUUCGUUUCGUAGUGAUUGUCACAAACAGGAGUUGACAUUGUAUGUAUCGGAUGAAGAGACCAAUACGGUAUACACCUCAGCAUCGAUACCAAUACUUUUUAAAUUUGACACAGAAUCAUUGGUACAAGAUUUGUGCAUAGGCACCAAAUGCAUAACAGUGAAAUCGAAAAAAUUAUCUGCCUCUCAGAUAUGUAUUCUAAUUCAGGGACAAAUUGAGCUGGUUUCGAUGGUACCGCACAAUCUUCACCUGGAAUUUCGUCAGGAGGGCAAAGUCUAUGAGGAAUCAAAUAAACCAUUGGAAUAUUUUAUCGAGAGAUAUGGGCGAAAUUCAUUUUUCUACAGUGUUGCACGCGAUUCGAAUAUAUCAAUGAGAUUAAUGCUGGCUGAUAAAAAGAUACGCGCUCGAACUGGUGAUAUACCCCUAAGAAUGAAUAAGAAGCUUCCCUGGCUGGUCAAGGUUCCCAUAAAUGGAAGUGAAUUUAUAAGUUUCUGGGUGAGAAUUUUACGUGAGGAUAUACCCAACGUAGCCAGCAACAUAUUUUGCCCCCAGAAGAUUCUCAUUACCAUAUGGCCAAUCUUCGAGAUCACAUCGAUGUUAAAUUGUUCAAUACAGGCCAAAGAGGAGAAUACUUUGGAGGAAUUUUAUUGUGCUGGCCAAGGUGGCCAUUAUAUAUUAGAUGCAGCGGCCACACAUCUUACCGAACAUCCGAUACGCUUUAAAUAUAACUUUCCCUUGGGUAUCUCAUCCCAAGAUAGCUAUAUUUUGCGUCUAAGGUCUUUCGAUUGGCAAAAGUUCUUCUGGUACGAUGAUAACAAAUGGAACAUAGACAGUGCUCUAAAUCUACUUACACCCACGGUGCUCAAACAUUGGCCUAUGGAAGAUGAGGAGGAGUUGAAAUUGCAACGCAUUUCCCAGAGCAGUGGAGAAACGGAUGUCAUCUAUAACACCCAAGUAAGCAGGGAGUUUUCGUGUACCCUAAAUUUAGAGGUAGCUCCCUGGGGUAUGUUCAUCAAUGGCACUGGAGUCGAGAUAUGCUUAUCUGAACUUACAAAUGCUGUAAAUGGUGGUGCACCAACUCGUCAUCCCAAGCAAGUGGUGGUUGCUGUCAACAGUUUGGAAAUGUUAUUCAAUGUAACGCAAGGCUUUACCAUUGCCAUCAGAAAUGGUUCUAGUUGGAUGUCAUCGUUGCCUAUAUUUUUCGAAAAUACUUCGUUUGGCAAACACAAGCGCUACUGCGUUCUAACAGAAACCGAGGUUACCGACAUAGUCAUCCUUAGGGCAAAUGAAGUCUUCAAGUUUGUUUUGAAAAUGAAAAUUGAAAAUGGUCGUAAAGUCCUAAAGUUGAGCUCUAAAUUUGGAGUGGUGAAUUAUACAAAAGUGCAACUUUCUUUAUUACCCUUUGCCUUGGAUCACAAAGAAAAUGUGGCACGCACAAAUAUCCAGGCUUUGGAUGAAAAAUCCCAAAAGACAACUCUGACACCUGCCACAGGUUGGGAGAAUAGCAUCGGCAUUUCUUUGUCCACAUUUUACGAUAUCAAUUUUGAAAAUGCCCAAAGAUCUGUGGACUCGGCUGCAUUUGUAUACUUUGUUGUGGUAAAACUACAUGAAAAUGCAGAGAUUUCCAUGCCCAUACCUUUAACCUUGCCCUUUCAUCGCAAGUCGAUCAGCAUACAAAAUGGCAGAGAAUCGAUUGCCUUGAUGGUAUCGCUAAUCGAGCAUGGUCACAUCUACUACCUGACCAUCAACGAAGAUAUAUCGCCUGCUGUGUUGGUAAACAAUCAAACAGAUUGUGGAUUUAUAGUGGCUCAAACGAAUGUUCCCGAGAGUGGUAAAGUCUCCUCGCCGACGCCCGAAUACGAUGGCAAACAUUUGGAAUGGUAUCACAUGAUACCGCCGCAGAGUAAAUGUUAUUAUACACCCCCAGAAUGGUAUAUACGAUUUCCGGACGUGGAAUCGACCCUGUGCAAUAUUACCUUAGCUUUAUAUGAUGCUAUGUCCACGAAAAAGACAAUAAAAUGGUCUAAACCCAUACGUUUGGAUAAGACAUGGAAGAAAUUUUUACACAUUCCUGGCCAUGGAGAUGUUAAGGUUAUCAUCUGUGACAAACAUCGGGUCAUACGAAUAAAUAUUUAUUAUAUAUCACAGCAAAUGGAGUUCUCCGUCAAAGAUCUACGCCUGCGCCUCUCAACGACUGAACCAAAAAUAUCCAACAAUUCUGAGAUUAACGAAAACAAAUCAUCCCCAACAACGAUUACCAAUCUUUAUACGGAAACACCACAAUUUUCUAAACCGGAUGUAUGUCAUCAUUUCCGAAAUGAAUGCGAAUCUCGACCGAAUACAAAACUGCGCCUCUUCAUCAAGGAGAUUGUGUUGAGCCUGCACAGUGACAGCGCCCAGCAUCAGUGUAUGAAACGCGAGGUCGUCAGUCUAUUUGCUGAUGACUUCCUUUUGGCUUUUGAUGAUUCCGAGGAUGAGCGUAUUAUGAAUGUGGCCAUACCCAAUCUGCAAAUUGACAAUCAAUUAUUUUCUACGGGAAAAUAUGAUUUUCCCGUUAUACUAUGUGCCCAGGAGUUGUAUGAGAAAACCGAUUUUCUGCCCGAACCUUAUUACAUGGGAAGUUAUUACAAGUAUCUGAUGGAGAAGACGCCCAUGAUUAGUUUGAAAUUGAAGCUGUACGAAGAUGAAUUUAAAAUAUGCUCUUUGAAUUGUCGCUUUAAUCCCGUGAGAGCUUACAUAGAAGAUGCCUAUAUAACGGAUUUCCUAGAUGCUUUGGUCGAGUGUGAGCCCUCAAAUUGUGCCUAUAGGCCGAAAAUGGACAAUGAGCGUAUGGUGCUGUUGGCAAAUCAAAUGAAAAUUCCCCAUGAAGUGGAGUCCACAGCCAUAUACACAGCAGAGCCUCUACACCUGAGAGCGUUUUGUAUAGAACCCAUGAGUGUGUUGUUGUCGGUGCAUACAUCGGUACGCUUGUAUAUAGCCUUGGAUCAUUCGCCUUUGUCGUUCUCUGCCUACGAACGCAAUCAUUUGCUGACAAUGCCUUUGAAAUUUGGCCAAUCUUUGGGCAUGCACUAUUUGUCUGGAGCUAUUUUUGGUGCCGGCUGGGUGGUGGGCUCUUUGGAAAUACUGGGCAGUCCUAGUGGUUUGGCUCGCUCGGUAACCACAGGCUUGAAAGAUUUCGUCUCUAUGCCGGUUAGAGGUCUUUUCCGAGGACCUUGGGGUUUUAUUGUUGGAGUCACACAGGGCUCGGCUUCAUUGCUGAGAAACGUAACUGCUGGUACAGUUAACUCAGUAACCAAGCUAGCAGCUUCUGUGGCACGUAACUUGGAUCGCUUGACUCUGGACGAGGAGCAUAUAGAGAGAACUGAAGCAUUGCGUCGCUCCAGACCACAAGGUUUUGCUGAAGGUCUAUCACAGGGUAUGACUGGUCUGGGCAUAAGUAUGCUGGGCGCAGUGGGAGGCUUGGCCCAUCACACCUUAGAGGCCCGCUCCACAGUUGAAGUGUUUACAGGGCUGAGUAAAGGCCUGGUGGGAGCAUUUACAAAGCCCAUUAGUGGAGCUGCAGAACUUUUGGCUCUAGCCGGCCAGGGUAUGUUACAAACAGUGGGUUUCAAUGCCAUGCCAAAACAAAGAUCUCCCUCGGAUAGCCGAAAUUUGUCAUUGGAACCUUCAGGCUAUCGCACAUGGAAGUUACUGCCCAUUGAAAUGGGUGCCGAUCAGAUACUAUUUUAUAAUGAAAUCACUCUCAUGGCGGAGGAGCAACCCAAGAGAGGCUAUGUUUUUCUAACCUCUGCAGUAUUUGCCAUAGUAGAAGCUGAGGGUGAUAGAUUGCAAUGUGCCCUUCCCUUGAAUAAGGUGGAAAUAACCGCAGAUGUCAAUGAUAAAACUCGUUAUUAUGUAAGAGUAACAAGGGAGAGAAGAGAUAUUGAAGAGGAUGCCAAAUACACCAAUGAACGCAUUAUCAAUUUUCUGCAUACCUCAUCCAUAAAGAUAGCCUCCGAUACUCUCUAUGAUUUAUUGCAAACCCACAACGAAACCGAAGAUCCAUCCACGAAUAAUGCUGCAUGGAAUUAUCGCCACUCGCAAACCCUUGAUUGGACAUUUUACAUAAACGAACAUUUGGGUGAAUACAUAAUGCGUUAUCUGAAAAUUCUAAAUUCCAAAUAUCAAAAUUAGUUAAAUCCUUAUACUCCUAAAACGUAAUUACCUAACUAAAUUUCUUAGAAAUUAGAAUGUUUUAAAACAUGAGAUAUGUCACCUUAGAGUUUUGCCAAAAACCAUGAUACACAAUUCCCCUAUACUAGCUCUAAAGUAUGUUGUAAAUUUCAGUUAUCACCCUUUAUUUGAUAUUAUUAUUAUCUAUACACACACCCACAUUUGUUGAAAAACACUUUCAAAAAAAGACUGUAUUUAAUUUAUUGUAUAUGUCGGUUUAUAUACAUGCUAUAAAAUUUUUUUGUUCUAAA